AAUGGCGGGAGGUUCGCGGGGCUAGUCGGGGAUUCCGCAGCGCCGGGACUGGAGCGAAAGCGGAGCCGGGUCCAUCCUCGCGGCGCCCCCUCCCCUCAGCCCUAGCUCGGCCCCGCCGCCAGCAUGAGCAACAUCUACAUCCAGGAGCCUCCGACCAACGGCAAGGUUUUACUGAAAACAACAGCUGGAGAUAUUGACAUCGAGCUAUGGUCAAAAGAAGCACCAAAAGCAUGCAGAAAUUUCAUCCAGCUUUGUAUGGAAGGUUAUUAUGACAACACAAUAUUUCACAGAGUUGUGCCUGAUUUUAUAGUGCAAGGGGGAGAUCCCACUGGUACUGGAUCAGGUGGAGAGUCGAUCUACGGGCUCCCCUUCAAGGAUGAAUUCCACUCACGAUUGCGUUUUAAUCGAAGAGGACUGGUUGCUAUGGCAAAUGCUGGAGCUCAUGAUAAUGGCAGUCAGUUUUUCUUUACCCUGGGCCGUACAGAUGAACUUAACAACAAGCACACCAUUUUUGGAAAGAUUACUGGGGAUACCAUAUACAAUAUGUUACGACUGACUGAAGUAGAAAUUGACAAAGAAGAAAGACCACUCAAUCCACACAAAAUAAAAAGUAGUGAGGUUUUGUUUAAUCCUUUUGAUGACAUCAUUCCAAGAACAAAUAAAAAGCUGAAAAAGGACAAACCAGGGGAAGAAGUAAAAAAGUCAAAAUCCAAAGGCACAAAAAAUUUUAAUUUGCUUUCGUUUGGAGAGGAAGCUGAAGAGGAAGAAGUGGAAGUCAACAGAGUUAGUCAGAGCAUGAAGGGAAAAAGUAAAAGUAGUCAUGACUUGCUGAAGGAUGAUCCACAUCUAAGCUCAGUUCCUGCUGUUAAAAGUGAAAAAGCAAAUGAAGUGAGGGAUUCAGACGAGGAAGAAGAAGAGGAGGAGGAUGACGAUAGCGAUAAUGAAGAAGGUGAAAUGGAUAGUGACGAGAAAUAUCAAGUGAAAGAACGCGUAGCUAAGAAGUUGAGAAAAGAUAAAAAUGAAAAUGUUAAGCUACCAUUUAAAGAAGAACCAGAAACUGAAAAGAAAACAACUAGUCGCAGUGAGGAACUACGCAAAGAAGUACGCCAGCUGAAACGUGAACUACUAGAAGCAAAGCAAAAGAGAGAAGAAAAUUCUACAAAAUCAAAAGAAAAGAAAGAGGAAGAGGAAGAAGCUGAUCCAAACAGCAUAGUUACAGAAUAUUUACAGGAGAAGAAAAAGUAUGAAGAUCUGCGGAAGCAACAGCCAAAGAAAGGGAUAUCUCGUGAAGAGCAGACGCUGGCGCUACUGGACCGAUUCAAAUCAAAGCUAACUCAGGCAAUAGCAGACACUCCUGAAAACGAAAUGUCUGAACCUGAAGUAGAGGAUGAUGAAGGAUGGUUGUCACAUGUACUUCAGUUUGAGGACAGAAGCAGAAAAGUGAAAGAUGCAAACAUGCAGGAUGAAGACACUUUUGAAAUCUAUGAUCCUCGGAAUCCUGUAAAUAAGAGGAGAAGAGAACAAAGCAAAAGGAUAAUGCGGGAGAAAAAAGAAAGGAGAUGAAAUGAAUGUAAAACUAUCCAGAGCUGGCUUGGAAAGUGUAAUAAAGUAUCGUCCCUUUAAUAGCUGUGGUUCCUAAAAAUAUCACUUUACAAGUGUGAAAAGGAAUCUCUCAAGAACCUGUUGUCUGAUUUUGAAAUACAGCUAUCUUAUUUGUUUUAUGAAUUGUGCAGUAAAAUAAGCAAGUGCUCUCAGUACAUAAUCCAAGCUCUCUUUAAACACUUUUGAAAUUUUAAUAAAUAUAUAAUAGUUUUGGUCAUCAUUUUAAUCAAUGUAUAGCAAUUAAAUAUUGAGAAUAGUGUAAUUAGAAGGUAUGUUUUCAAGACAGUGAAGAAAAGAUAUUUGCCAAAAUGAAAAUGUUAAGGAAUGAAAAAAAAAUUAUUCCCACCAGCUAUACAGGCUUUUUAAGAUUUAAUUUUUUUAAUGGUAAGAUUAAAUCCAUUUACAGAUGAUUGAUUUUUUUGUUUAGUUAAGCAAUUGGGUUCUUCAUUGUAUCACAAAGUUCAGAAGAUAGAUUUAAAAAUUCCAGACUUCCAGCACAAAGUGUACAAUGUUCCCAGCUCUCUUGAAACUCAAUCAAAAUUUAAUUUGAGGGUGUGGUUAAAUUUUCUUCAUCUUGAGAAACAUAUCCAAAAAAUGACUUGGAAAGACAUGAUAAUCUACAAGUUUGGAAAUGUUAUUUCACAAGCUUGAGAACAUUUUAGAAUCCAAAUUUAAAGAGCAAUUAAUAUGGGGGAAAAAAACAAUAAUUUAAAUCACAUGUUUAUAAGAAGCUUAGACUCCCAGAAUGAAAAGUAGUUAUUACAAAGUACCCAUCCUCUAAUUUCAUCUUCUCUACUGAUUUGUCAGUAUUGAAGGUUUAUUUAUUUAUCUCAAUAUUGAGAUACAGAAAUUGCAAAACUAAUCUCAGACUCUUGUUUUUAAAGACUUUACAUCUAGCAUGUAGUGACCUUAAAGCUACCAGCGGAAGCUGCAAAUUUAACUAACUGUACAUCACGCUGAUUUCUCUAGCACAUCAUGGAAGUGUGUAUAAAAGAAAAAUAUAUCUGAAAUUCCAGGGAAUAUGGCAUUUUUGGUCGUAUAAAUUUCUAAGUUACACAUACAUACAGUAAAGCAGUUAGUAACACAACUAAAUAAGGGGACAACAAGGUCAUUAAAAAGUGAGAGUAGAUGAGUGUUUUGCUGCUGUCGUUUUUAGAACAAGUUCAGUAGGGUAUGGUGUCCUUAUCAAACCGCCACUACCAAGUUCCUUGAUAGGGUCUGACGUGUGAGGUACAUAAACCUGUCUUGGUGUGUUAAUGUGGUCCAAAUGGCAGAGGUUAGAUUAAUGCAGAAUAUUGCUUAAAUGUGCUAUGUAAUCUCUCAGAUAAGAAGAAAAAAACUUGUAGGUGUUAAACAAGUUCCUGGAGAAAGCUGUCAAUGUCGUCCUCUUGUUCUGAGUGAAUUAUAUUCUAGCAGGGUAUAGCAGAGUUAAGAGGGGUUACAUUCUUAAUGCUGUCAUUCACAAAAAAAAAAAAAAAAAAAAGUGAGUCAAAGUUCUUUGUGAUCUGCUUUAGAAUCUGUAAAUAAUUUUCUGGUGGGCUGUCAUUACUACUUACCAGAAAGCAGAGAACAAUUUUCCACCCACAGUCACAUACUGAGUCACAUCUAUUUAUUUAUUGCUUUCCGAGGAGAGCCAAUACAAAGUUUUAGAACAAUAAUGAUUAUCAAAUCCUCUCAUUCCACCAGGGGAAAUGACUAAGCUGACAUCCUCUUGCUAAUGCAGUGGGUACUGAAAAUAUUUAUAAAUCAAAAAUUUACAUUAUUGAAAUAAAUAACUGUAUGAUUAAUACUUAUCCAAAUUGUUAAUACACAUUUGAUUAAGCUGGAAGAAUUGAUAUUACAGUGCUUUAAAUGAAAUCAGUUUCAGUGGCCUUUAUAGUGUCGUAACUUGUGAACAGUCAAAUCUUUGGAAUUAAGGAGCAAGUUAUAUCUUAAGAUGGAAAAAGAAUGGAUAUGCACACUGUCAAGGCUGCUUCCCCACUCUGAACUUUAGGGUACAAAUGUGGGGGCCUGCAUGAAAACUUCUAAGCUUAACUACCAGCUUAGAUCUGGUCUGCUGCCACCACUCCCAAAGUGCUAAUUCCCUUCCCUGGUUAGCCUUGAGAGACUCUUCACCAAUUCCCUGGUGAAUACAGAGCCAAACCCCUUGGAUCUUAAAACAAGGAGAAAUUAACCAUCCCCCUCCUUUCUCCCACCAACUCCUGGUGGAUCAAGAUCCAACCCCUUGGAUCUAAAAACAAAGAAAAAUCAAUCAGGUUCUUAAAAAGAAGGCUUUUAAUUAAAGAAAAAGGUAAAAAUCAUUUCUGUAAAAUCAGGAUGGAAAAUAACUUUACAGGGUAAUCAAACUUAGAGAGUCCAGAGGAAUCCCCUCUAGCCUUAGGUUCAAAGUUACAGCAAACAGCGAUAAACACUCUAGCAAAAAGGUACAUUUACAAGUUGAGAAAACAAAGAUAAAAACUAACACGCCUUGCCUGGCUGUUUACUUACAAGUUUGAAAUAUGAGAGACUUGUUCAGAAAGAUUUGGAGAACCUGGAUUGAUGUCUGGUCCCUCUCAGUCCCAAGAGCGAACAACCCCCAAAACAAAGAGCACAAACAAAAGCCUUCCCCCCACCAAGAUUUGAAAGUAUCUUGUCCCCUUAUUGGUCCUUUGGGUCAGGUGUCAGCCAGGUUACCUGAGCUUCUUAACCCUAUACAGGUAAAAGGAUUUUGGAGUCUCUGGCCAGGAGGGAUUUUAUAGUACUGUACAGGAGGGCUGUUACCCUUUCCUUUAUAGUUAUGACACACACCGGCAUCUGUUUACAAUGAAUAGAGUUCCUGCAGAUUAUAGCUUUAACUAAAAGUAUUAAAUAGCAAAAAAGAGGUCAAUGUUGGUCAACUAUACGUACUUACAAAGGGUGAAAUUCACUCCUCAGCAUAAUUGAGUUUUGUAUGGAAGACUACAUGGAAGGAAGAGUACAUGCUAACAUUAUCCCACAGUGAUAAAGCUGCAAUACUACAAUGGCUAUUCCCUCCCAUAGGCCUGUAAAUCCUAAGCCUUUGUUCUUUUGUCAUCCCACCCCUAAUAACCUCAUCUGGGGCAUCUGUUUUACUCAGAGAUGGCACCAGGACCUCUUAGGCCUUGUCUAGACUAAGACAGAAGGUAUGAUGAUAGAAUGUGUUAACUAAUACAUACUAGUAACUAGUUUUUAAAAAUCUAAUGCAGUUAAGGCAUUCUGCUUUUAAUAUGUGCUAAACAGGUCAAGCUAAAGCCUACUGGGGAGCCUAGAUUUUAAACGAGCAGUUAUAUCAUGUUGAAGUAUAUAGUGCCUUGUCUACACUAGACUUUUAAAACAUGUUAGAACAUGUAAUGCCAUUAUCAAUUCACCUUGUUCUAAGGUGAUUUUUUUGCUUUAUUCACUUUGAAUUAAAUUCCACUGGUAAUAUUGGAUUUUUUUUCAGACAGUUUCCAUAUAUUGAGUUAAUCUUUUUGAACUUUGUCACCAAUUCUAAAAAGAAUUAAUAAGACUCUGAAUUAGCCCAUAAUCAAUAUUCAGUCAAAACAAGGAAGGGAUGUAUACACUAACUUUUUAUUGCCAUAAGGCAACAGUCUUCUAGUGAUCAGGAAAGUUAGCUAUACGCCUUUAUUGAAAGCCAAAAGGGGAGACUCUUCACCCCUUCUUGUCAACUGUUGAGAAUAGGCCACUUCCACCUUAAUUGAAUUAGACUCAUUAGCACUCAUCCACCCACCCACUUGGUAAGGCAACUCCCAUCUUUUCAUGUGCUGUAAUAUUUAUACUGCUUACUGUAUUUUUCACUCCUUGAAUCUGAUGAAGUGGAUUUUAGCCCACAAAAGCUUAUGCCCAAAUAAAUUUAUUUGUCUCUAAGGUG